GGCAAACGACAUUCCGGGGCCUGUGUUUGAUGUGUCCCCCAUCUCAUUCAAAAACGCUUCCUCCGAUGGACCUCAAGGUUUUUUCUUGCUUCAGAACACAAGCUCCUUUUUAUCCAAGAGUUUUCUCAGUGCGUUUCCUUUUUGCAUUCUCAUUUUUCUUUCUGUUUUUUGUGUUGUUGCAAUGUUGUGCAGUAGUAGUGGAUUUGCACGAGACAACCGAGGCGAAUGUUGAGGUCAGGGGUGAGUCCAACAGUCUUGGUAAACAGUCAAAGAAGAAAAGGGUGGCUGUCUCCCCAGACAAUGUGCCAACGAUGAAGAAGAUUAAGGUUGAUGCACACGGUGAUGCCUUACACCAUCAGUAUGUAAUGACCAGAUACAAGACAAGAAAACCAAAGAAAAACGAGCUUCUGCCCGACUUCAUUGAAAUAGAUGGCUUCCAUACAUCUCUCGAGAAUUUUCAUGCAUCUCUAAAGCCAAGAGCGGAGAUUGACAAUGAGGUCAUGACCUUAUACCUGAAGACAUUCAACUAUGAUCAGUCAGUGAAGAAGAAGAAGCCAAAAAAAAUUGUUUUCUCAGUGUUGAUGAGUUUGAAACUCAGUGCUGAGCCAGAUGUGUUUGAUCCGAAGGUGUGCGAAAAAGAAUUUAAGAAUGCUUGCUUACAAAAUCACAUUUCAAAAUCUGACCUAGUAAGUUCUUAUCUUGUUCCAUCUUGCAUUCUUUUUCUAUUUUUUUCAUUUUUUUUCUAAAUGGAUUUUCUGGUUCUGCUUUGUUUUGAUGCAUUGCAGCUAUUCUUCAUGGUUGUACACAAAAGGCACUGGGCAGUAGUAGUUGUUAACAUCACCCAAAAGGAGUUCAAUAUCUUUGACUCCAUUAGGAACUCGGAAGACCUUUUUGAGAUGGACAGGAUCACUAAGAAUGUGGUCGCAAACAUCAAGAGUGUUGCAAUGAGGGAGCCACUUUUUAAGCACAAUCUCGAGUCUUACUCGCUAUUCACCCCACUUGAUUACCCUCAACAAAAAACUUACUAUAACUGUGGCUACUAUAGUAUUUUAUACGUGGAGAAUUGGGAUGGCCUUGUUAUGCUGUCAUUUGGCGAGGAUUACAUCCCAAACCUUCGGAAACGCAUUGCAGCAGAUCUGUUGAGACACCCAAGCAACAAGUUGGACCCCGUGCAUCAGCUGAAGCUGCUUCUUCAGCGUUAGAUGGGUGUUUUCGAGCUUCUGCAACAGGUGGAGUCAUGGCGGCGGUGGCCUAGUACUGCUGACGCGAGUUAUUGUAGCUAGCUAGAGUGUAGUUGGGAGCAUGUUCUUGUCGCCAGCUCGAGUGUAGUUGAGAGCUUGUUCUUCUAGCCAGCUCAACUGAACUUUUUUCACAAUGCAACUCUGAAUGAAGCACAGGAAUGUUUCAGUGUGUGACUGUAUGCAAGGAUUUGUUUUUUGUGAAGCCUAUUCAAGAUUGUUUGUCAGCU